AUGGGAGGUGAUCACCACGCACCCUACAAGGGCCUCGACGUCAAGCUGCCUUAUGGUGGCUUCCACCCGCCUCCGGUGAACCGCGUGCACAAGAACGCUGCCCUCUUCAUCGGCACCACGAUGUGGUUCUGGGUCUUCUGGAGAUUGAAGCACGACUGGCGCCACCUCUUCACGUCUCACCGCCCCUACGAGAUUACCCACGAGGGAGAAGAUGAGCACCACUGA